AUGGAUUUGGACGACCAAGACACUGUACGAGCCUGUAAAAGGCCACGCCUGCACUCCCCGGCGCCAGACGUCGAUUAUGACAACAUCGGAGACUUUUUCUGGUCUAACUCCGAAUCGUUUCCUCAGCUCACGUGCGACAACGAUUUCUCGAUCAGCAUCUCAGAACCUAGAGAAGAAAUUAAAGAUGAACCGAGACUUGAGAUCGAAGGCAAAGCACUUGUCGCAGAGACAGCUCGCGAUGUCUGCCUCGGAAUGAUAACCUUGAAGACCACAUCGUCAUUCUUUAAGAAGCGAGAAGAAUCUGAAGCUACAGUCAACCUGCGGCAGUGUGGCAGUAUCAUGAAACUCUCUAAGGCAGACACGGGAGCAUACGCGGGCAUCGUCACGGACUUGUUUCCAUCACAGUUGCUAGACCGCCCUUCCGUAAAGCUCAGUGCUCUGUUGACUGCCCCAGCAACUCUUCGCGUCCUAUUGUUCAGCGGGAUUGAAGAAGCGGCGGAGAUGGGAGCCCUCUUAUCUACCAAUGACUUUUUCCUUCAACAUCCGUCACCUCGGGAAAUCGAAUAUUUUGAGGUGGACACGGAAUACUUUAACCCACAUUAUCUCGUUACUCCAGGGUCUCGCAUGCCACAAAUGGAAGACCUUGCUAUCGAGUACAACGAAAGCGCAUCAAAGCCGUCUUUUUCCUUGGAUGAGAAGAAGAAAGGACAGUUGAUAGGCGUUUUUGACACCGCAGCUGAUCUUUCUAUUCGACCGACGACCGAUCCAAGCCCAAGGCUCCGGACCAGCCUGAAAGACUAUCAGCUCAAAGCUCUUACGGUUAUGAGCGAAAAGGAGUGUACCAACGUUGAAAGCCCCCAAAGUCCUUCGCUGUGGGUCGCACGCGAUGUAUCUACUGGUGGGAGUAGAGAAUACCGCCACAGAAUUACGGGACAUAGGGUCGAUGUUCCCCCAGUCUGUGCUGGAGGAAUCCUUGCUGAUGAAAUGGGUCUCGGCAAAACCCUCUGCGUACUGUCUCUCAUUUGCUGGUCGCUGGACUUGUUGAGGGACACAGAGGCUCAAGGGAAUGGCUCUGAGCUUUCAACAACAUUGGUUGUUAUACCUAAGAGCAUAAUUCCUAGCUGGCAAGCUCAGAUCAAGAACCACAUUGUGCCGGGUCAGAUACGUGUUGCCCUUUAUUAUGGUACUGGUAGACAAAACCUUGUCAAGGAUUUCCGGAAAAAUGACAUUGUCUUGACAACAUAUCAGACCUUGAGGUCUGAGUGGACUAACAAGGGUCCGUUAUUCACAGCGCAAUGGUUUCGCGUUGUUCUAGAUGAGGGUCAGUAUUGUUAUCUUAACACUUUGUUCAUGCGCUUAACGAAUGCAGCCCACCGUAUCGGUAACAGGUCAACUCAAGUCUUUCAGGCCGCAUGUGAGCUCCAGUCACCGAGGCGCUGGUGUCUCACAGGAACGCCUAUUGUGAAUUCCAUCGAUAACUACGGAGCGUUAUUGGCCUUCAUCAAGAUAGAGCCUCUCGUUACCAAGGCCACAUUCGAUCGUUGGAUAUCCAAUCCAAUUCGAGAUAAGGCCAAAGAAGGUCUCCGAAAGCUCCGGAUUCUAGUUGAAGCGACGUGUCUCCGUCGGACAAAAUCUAGCGUUUCACAAGCACUCCCUCCCCCGACAAUUCGCGAAGAAAAGGUUCAUCUGCGUCCAUAUGACCGCGCUCUUUACGACUUUUUCGAAACUGAAGCCGCCAAGAACGCUCACGAUUCCCCUAAUAACUAUCCCGCUAACCAUUCAGAGAUGGGAAGGGAAAAGAAGAAUAUUCUAUCUCUAAUCAACAAUCUUCGUCGGAUUUGCGAUCACGGAGAGGACCUCUUAUCAGCAUCGGACAUUGAAGCAUGGAGGUCGGAAAACAGUCACGGGACAAGAUUGCAAAUUAGUCAAUUAAGCGACACUGCUACACCCCAGACCAAUUGUAGUAUUGGUCCAAACUACUGCACAAAAAGGACUAAUAGCAAAGCGGAGAGUCUGGGAAUAUCUAUCCAGACCGGUCCAUCGGCUAAAGUGCAAAAGAUGAUUCAGAACAUCGAAGCUGAACAAAUCAAGAAUUUGACAUGCUCGGCCAGUCCACCGGUUAAAAGUGUGGUGUUUAGCUACUGGACUAGCGUGUUAAAUCUUGUCCAAAAUGCUCUCCUACAGGCCGGUUUCUCGUGUGAGAGAAUUGACGGCAAGUGUUCCAUUAAGCGAAGAGAGGAAGCACUGUCUACGUUUACAAACGAUCCUUGCUGUACUGUAAUGCUGGCCACAAUUGGGAGUGGCGGUGAAGGCAUUGAUCUGACCCCGGCUAAUCAUGUGCACCUACUCGAGCCUCAUUGGAACCCCAUGGCCGAAGAGCAAGCGAUUGCACGUGUUCAUCGAACGGGCCAGCAGCGGCACGUCACUGCUACCAAAUAUAUAACUCCAGACUCGAUCGAGGAGUAUGUUCAAAGCAUCCAAGUUGAGAAAACACAGCUUAUUCGGAAUGCAUGGAGUGUCAAUGAUGACUCUAGUAGAACUGCUAUAGACAAUGCGACUUUAAGCAAACUUGAGCAAUGGCUCGUUCAAAGAAUCGAGAGUAAAUGGGCAUUCAGAUGGGAAAUGGGAGCUGCUUAUAUGACAUAA